AUGGUUCUUACCAUCUAUCCGCUUCCAGAGGAUGGUCUCUCUAGCAGCGAUGCACCCUCUGACAGCACGUCAGUCAUCGAAUGGAAAGAUCCAUUCAUGCCGUUUGACCUUUCCGAGAAUAAUUGCAAUGGGGAGAAGGGUGUUGAAGCCCAGAUCGAGGAGCACGCCAAGGCCAUCCAGCAUCUGAAGGAGAAGUCUGAAUUUCUCAAGGAUCAACAGAACUACUUCGCUGAACAGAUUGAAGAGACCUUCAAACUCCUUCGGGCCCGGGUGACUGACGUUUAUACCGAAAUCAAGCGUGAGACCAAGGCCGCCGAAGAGACGGCAGUUCGUCGCCAUCGUAGCGUCAACACAGACAUUCAGACAUUGUAUGACCGCCAGGACCAGGAUCACGAUUCUUUGGUGGGUGUUGAAGAAGCACUGAGCUGGGUGUCACUGAACGACACAACCGACAAGUUCACGUCCUUGAUCGAGAAUCUUGAUUUGCACAUCAAGUCGGCGAUCGAAUUGCUUCGAGAGAAAGAAAUUACUUCAGAGGAGACUACCAAGGUCUAUGAAACCCUCCUUCAGAUGCUUACCCAAAAUGGUAAUGAAUUCAAAGGGCUACAUAACCAAGAAUUGGGAAAGCAGGUUGACCGCCUUGCCGCGAAGACCAAGAAGUGCAUUUGGGAGCAGGCGUCAUGCAAAGCCAGUGUUGAAGAUGUCCAUGCUCGCCUCGAGACGUACGCAAAGGAAAACCAGUCAUUGAAAGACAAGCUAGACGAGCAGGAGUCCACGAUUACGGCUCUGAAGGAAGAGAACUGGAACUUUAAAAUGCAGAUUAGUAGUCUCUUGUUCUCGAUUCGUAUGAUGGCGGCCAAGAUGGAUCGCCUUAGUGCCGAAGUCCGAAACCUCGACAAGUUUACUGAGUGA